AUGAGACUCCCUCCGUCGCUAAUUCUGCUGGCUGCGGCCGGGGCCUCAGCCCGGGCCAGCAGCGAUAAGCCUCGUCCUCGGGGCGUCGGUCCUGAAUUUGCCAAGUUCUACCAGGAUACGGAUACCUUUACGUGCAUCUCGAAUCCCGCCAUCCAAAUCCCCUUCUCGGCCGUUAAUGAUGACUUCUGCGACUGCCCAGACGGCAGUGACGAGCCAGGCACCGCUGCUUGUGCACAUCUCUCGCGAAAUUCUCCGUUGACGGUUGCGGAGCGCCCAGGGAACGAUGGCUUGGAUCUUGUACUCGCGCUGCCCGGGUUCUACUGCAAAAACAAGGGCCACCGGCCAUCUUACGUGCCAUUCAAUCGUAUCAAUGAUGGAAUAUGUGAUUAUGAGCAGUGCUGCGAUGGCAGUGAUGAGUGGGCGCGCGUCGGUGGAACCAAGUGCGAGGAUCGUUGCAAGGAAAUCGGCAAGCAGUGGCGGAAGCAGGAGGAGAAGCGCCAGAAAUCCAUGACUGCUGCCCUGAAGAAGAAGAAGGAUCUCCUUGUGGAUGCCGGGCGGCAGCAGAAGGAGAUCGAGAACCACAUUGUGCUACUGGGGUCGGAGAUUAAGGGCGCUGAGGCCAAGGUUAAAGGUCUCGAGUCUAGCCUCAAGACAGUUGAGGAGCAGGAGCGUAAGGUUGUCCGGACUAGUGGCAAGGGCAAGGGGAAGGUCAAUGCUCUUGCAGGUAUUGCUAAGGGCCGGGUCAACGAGCUGCGCGACGCCCUGGUGGAGGUUCGCCAGCAAAGAGAUGAGGCCCGCUCCCGGUUGAAGGAGCUCGAAGAAGUUCUGUCCAAGUUCAAGGUUGAAUAUAACCCUAACUUCAACGACGAGGGUGUUAAGCGCGCUGUGCGCAGCUGGGAGGAUUACGCCGCCCGUGGACUAGGCGAGGUUAGCAACAGUGCCCGGGACCGCGACCUGGACGAGAUUGCCAAGGCAGACGACGAGAGCUCUGGUGUCAACUGGGAGCACUGGGAGAAGGAGGAGGAUGGCUGCGUUGAGUCCGACUUGAUCUACAAGAUCGCAGCUUAUCUCCCGCCAUCUCUUGUCAGCUUCCUUGAAGACAAGAUCCUCUCUGUCAGGUCUAUUCUGGAGAUCGGUGGAAUCCUGUCCAAGCCCGAGGAAGACUCAACUACCGAAUCCAAGGCCGUGACCGAGGCGCGUAAUGCUCUGAAAUCCGGCGAAGACGAACUGAAAGAUCUCAAGAACAAGCUCCGUGACCAGACAGCCGACCUCGAGAAGGACUACGGCCACGGAGGCAUUUUCCGCGCUCUCAAAGGCCAGUGCAUUUCCCAGGAUGCAGGCGAGUACACCUACGAGCAUUGCUUCCUAGAGAGCACCAAGCAAAACCAGCGCAAGGGCGGCGGCUUCAUGUCGAUGGGCAAAUUCGUCCGCAUCGGAUCCACAACCGUUGAGGAAACGAACGAGGCCGGUGAGAUUAUUUCUGUGGAGAAGGUUGCUCUUGAAUAUGAGCGCGGCCAGUCUUGCUGGAAUGGACCUAGCCGGUCCACUAAGGUUGUCUUGGAGUGUGGAGAAGAGAAUGAGAUUUUGAAGACGGCCGAGGAUGAGAAGUGUGUUUAUUCCAUGCUUGUUACUACCCCGGCUGUUUGUGCUGGAGGCGAGGAUGAUAACGUUGCUCCCCGCUCGAAGGAUGAGCUGUGA